AUGAAUUCGACUAUCUCCACAGCUAAUGUGUCUCAGAAAUGGCGAGAUUUCUGGAACCGCAGUCCAGCUACCAUCGCUAUAGAGACAAGUAUUUUAAUCCUUAUUGAACUGAUUGCCAUUGGAGGAAAUCUUCUGGUAGUAAUCUCCAUCUAUCGUAAUCCCAGGCUUCGUACCAUCACUAACUACUUCGUACUCUCCCUCGCGRUGRCYGAYAUAUUAUACCCGAUGUUGGUUUUGCCUAUCUCUGUKRUUUCAUCAGCCGUCAGUCGGUUUGAGAUGGGGCAGACGGUUUGCGAUUUCCAGGGAACAAUCUCAUUGAUYUUGCUAAACGUUUCYKSCUACACCAUAGCURURAUGGCGGUCAAUCGAUAUKUUUGCGUCUGUAAAMAGCACAAAUACAAGAGAUGGUUCAACAAAAAGACAUGCUCGAUCAUGAUCUUUGGUGGUUGGUUUGUUUAUUUUGUCGUAGGAUUGGUUGUCAUAGGUACAGGGAAUGUUGUCUACAAUGUUUUUCUUCCAAGAAAAAUUAUGUGUAAUCUUUCGCGCACUACAAAAAACUCAACGACAAAGAUUAUAGGAAACAUCAACUCAACCUUUCCUAUCUUAUUACCAUUCACRAUCAUCACCUACUGCUACUUYAAAGUCUUUARGAAAAUUCGAGAACACAAGAGGAGUAUCGCUCCUGCCUCCAACCCAAACAGCCUGGGAACAAGUGUCCAAGAAAUCAAGGUCACGUGGACCAUGUUUACGGUUCUAAUGGGGUUUGUGCUGAAUUGGAUACCAGUUCUUAUUGUGAUGUUAACAACCAGUCACGACAAAAGCCUUCCACGACAGGUGCACAUGAUCGUGACGUACUUGAUGGCGAGUUGUAGUGCUGUCAAUCCUGUGAUAUAUGGAGCAAUGAAUCCGACGUUCAGAAAGGAAUACAAGAGAAUCAUCAAAUGCCAACCACAUUGAAACUGUAACCUUAGUACAGUAAGAACGGUAAAAAGUAUUAUAGCUUUUCGUUUUCUUUCUUUAACUUUGGGCGUACCAUUUUCCAUUUCAAUUCAGAUUUCGUGUCAUUCCCUUGAAUUUUAUUUAUUUGUCGGUUUACCAGUUAUGUUAAAAGACGCAUCAAAAGUGUUACCUCGCAUUUGA